GUGAGAGAAAAGGAGUGGUGAUUAGGCUCGUUUUGCCCAAAUAUUACGUUUUUUAUAUGGUUCACGGACAUUAUAAGGGCUGUGAUCGUUAUAUACUGUAGAUGAAGUCGCUUUAAUUGUGUUGUGUCGUUGGUGGUGUUGAAAAACAACGUUAAAUGGUGUAAUUAGGCAUGUAAACGUAGGUUAUGACGUUUACUACGGUGUUUCUGUGUGUGAGUGUAUACAUUGACAGCAUUGCCGCUGGCCGUUGGAGCGAAUCUUGUAACGGAAUAGCUACUAUGUGAAAUAACGUGAAUGCUGUUUGAUGAUGUUCGGCAAAUCAAUGUGUUGUUAUUCGUUCUAAAUACGGCGGCGACCGCGCAAAACCACAUUAAACCGUGAAAAACAUCAGUCGAGGCAAGAUGGCGUCGACGUUUUCGCGCCAAAACCUGCGUCACCGACGCUGGCGCCACCACCCGGCGGCCAGUCAUAACUUCCGCUGUUUGAAUCAUCGGGACCGUUCGAAAUAGUCACUUGUGAUUUAACUGUGACACUGCCGUGUCGUGAUGUGAUAUAGUAUUGUUUUUGUUUUGUGUUUGUGUUUGUGUUGUGUAGUUUUAAGUGACGAUGUCGGAGGAAAGAUCGCGGCGGCUGUCGCAGAUCUUUGACCCUCUCUCGAGGUUCACGGAUCAUAGUGGGGCUGGCCAUUCUGCAAGUACCCCCAGCAGUCCUCGGCUAUUGCCAAGGAGGGGGAGAGAGCCGCCGCCACCGCCACCUAGGCCCAUUGCCCAUCCAUCGCGACUUGAUCCUUUGGAAUACGGGUUAGCAACAGCCGAAGCAUCCGUGAACUGGCAAGAGCGGUGUCUGGAGCUACAAUUGGAGUUGCAUAGGAGUCGCCACCAGGCCACCCGGGUCAGGGAUAUGUUGAGAGAUAAGGUAUGCGUACUUCCAUCAAAAGGAGAUGGCGGCUUCUAUAAGAGAUCCUGCUAAUCAAAGUACUAUUUUAUAUAUAUUUUUAAUCAAAAACUUUCUUAAAAUGUUAUCAUUGCUUUUGAAGAGUAUGUUAUCUGGAGAUAUAAUAAAAAAUGAGUAUCUUUAUAU